AAUGAAUUGAGAGAAAAAGAGUAAUUUGGGGUUUUGAGAAACGCACCGAAGUUGAUGUUAGCAAACACUGAAAACCCGGCAAGUGACGAGGUAACUGCAAAGUGCAAAACCAAGUCAUAACAUUUUUCGCUUUUUCUUCAAAUCUCUCUUCACCUUUUGAAUACAGUAAAUGUUGUUUCUCAUUGUGUCUCACUCUCCUCACCCAAAACCCAACUUUGCUUCCACCCACUAUUAAGUACUCCUUCACAAUCUUUUUCACUUUCAUUCAACUUCAACAUCUACUUCCUUUCCUUUCCAAGAUCCGGGUUUGCCCUUUUCCUUUUCCAAUUUUUUUUUUAUUUUUAAAUUGUUAUUUUCCCUCCUCAUUCCAUGUCGAUUUCACUCGGCCAUUCUUCUUUCCGCUAUUCUAAUCAUGCAUUCAUGUCCAUUUGUGAUGGUUUAAUAGAGCUCAAACUGUAUCAUUCAUGCACAUAAAUGAUGAUGAUGGAGGAUUGCUGUGUUUUGUUAAUUGUUUCGGUUGUGUUUGAUCGUGUGGGCCCUUUUGUAUUUUGCACUUUUCCUAUCUAAUUUUUCAACAAAGGCAGUGUUUUGGUGAGAGGUUGAUGCUAUUUUGAUUAUUGGGUUUUCUGUAAAAUGGAGUUUGAGCCUUUGAGUCUAAGUAGCGAGGUUAUUGAGUUUGAUAUGAUUGGUUUGGGGGAUGAUGUUGCCAUUGACAUGGAGCACUCUGUUGAAGAUGAUGAGGACCUUGUUAAUGUUGAUAAUAGUCAUGCUACUGCUAUUACUGGUCUAGCUGAUGGUGUGGGACCCCAAAUUGCUGGAGGGGACACUAAUCUUGAACCUUGUCAUGGUAUGGAAUUUGAAUCCGAAGAGGCUGCAAAGGCCUUUUAUAAUUCCUAUGCUCGCCGUGUUGGCUUUAGUACGCGGGUGAGCAUGUCCCGACGCUCCAGGCGCGAUGGUUCUAUAAUUCAGAGGUCUUUUGUAUGUGCUAAGGAAGGUUUUAGAGUGGAGAAGGAGAGGCAUUCUGUUGAUGGAAGAGUCAAGCGGCCUCGUGCUGAAACCCGGGUUGGUUGCAAGGCCAUGUUGAUUGUGAAAAUUCAAGAUUCUGGCAGAUGGGUUGUUACUUCCUUUGUCAAGGAACAUAACCAUGAAUUGGUACCGCCGGACAAGGUUCAUUGCCUUCGUUCUCACCGCCAUGUUUCAGGUCCAGCUAAGUCAUUGAUUGAUACAUUGCAGGGUGCUGGAAUAGGGCCUAGUGGAAUAAUGUCUGCUCUAAUCAGAGAAUAUGGUGCAAUUAGCAAUAUCGGUUUCACGGAGCGUGACUGUAGGAAUUAUAUGAGGAGCAGUAGGCAAAGGACCCUUGGAGGUGACACUCAAAUCCUUGUGGAUUACUUGAAAAGCAAACAAGCAGAGAAUCCUUCAUUUUUCUUUGCUGUGCAAGGUGAUGAUGAUCAUUGCAUGAAUAAUAUCUUCUGGGUUGAUCCCAAGGCCAGGGCUAACUACAGUUACUUUGGUGACACUGUCACCUUUGACACAACAUAUAGGUCAAACCGCUAUAGAUUGCCUUUUGCACCUUUCACUGGUAUAAAUCAUCAUGGACAGCCUGUAUUAUUUGGUUGUGCUCUGUUGAUAAAUGAAUCUGAGGAAUCUUUUGUCUGGCUGUUCAAAACCUGGCUUGAAGCAAUGUCAGGCCGACCUCCAGUUUCAAUCACUACUGAUCAUGAUAGGGUGAUUCGUGCAGCCAUCAACCAUGUCUUUCCUGGUACCCGUCAUCGAUUUUGUAAGUGGCACAUUUUUAAAGAGUGCCAGGAGAAGUUGUCUCACGUGCUUUCUGAACAUCAUAAUUUUGAAGCUGACCUCCAUAAAUGUGUUAACCUGGCAGAGUCCAUUGAGGAGUUUGAGUCUUGUUGGUUCUCUCUAAUUGAUAGGUAUAAUCUCCAGGAACAUGAAUGGCUCCAAGCAAUUUAUGGUGAUAGGCGGCAGUGGGUACCAGUGUACUUGAGGGACACAUUUUUUGCAGAAAUGUCAAUAACACAGCGAAGUGAUAGCAUAAACUCUUAUUUUGAUGGAUAUAUCAAUGCAUCAACAACCCUUCAGCUUUUUGUCACGCAGUAUGAGAAGGCUCUGGAGAGCCGUCAUGAAAAAGAAGUUAAAGCUGAUUAUGACACAAUUAACACUACUCCGGUUCUGAAGACUCCAUCACCUAUGGAGAAACAGACAGCAGGAGUUUACACAAGGAGAUUGUUUAUCAAAUUUCAGGAGGAGUUGGUUGAGACAUUAACAUUCUUGGCAAACAAAGUAGAUGAAGAAGAAUUGAUUACUGUGUAUAGAGUAGCCAGAUAUGGGGAAAUUCACAAGGCCUACUUUGUGAGGUUUAACUCUUUUGAGAUGAAAGCUACUUGUAGCUGCCAGAUGUUUGAGUUUUCUGGUCUAGUUUGUAGACAUAUAUUGACUGUUUUUAGGGUGACAAAUCUUCUUACUUUACCAUCGCAUUAUAUAUUAAAAAGAUGGAGCAGGAUUGCUAAAAGUGGUGUCAUAUUGGAAGAACGUUCCACUAGUUUGUCACAUGGGGCCCAAGAAUCUCUAACUAUUCGAUACAAUAAUCUUCGUCAUGAGGCCUGUAAGUAUGUUGAUGAGGGAGUGACCUCUCUGGAAGUUUAUGAUGUAGCAAUGAGUGCUCUUCAGGAGGCUGUGAAUAAAGUGGCACUUGCAACAAAAAAUGGUGGAAAACAGGUUAUUUUAAAUGGAGUUUGUGAAGAAGACCUUCACCAGAGCAAUGAAGCAACUACAAGUUGUAGUGAUCCUUCAUUUGGUUCACAACAAUCUUCGCAUAAGGAUGACCAAGACAGGACAAUUGAGAAGUUGACACGGCAACUUGACCGAGCUCGAAGGAAGUGUGAAUUUUAUAGGUCCAAUUUGCUGUCAAUUUUGAAAGAUAUUGAAGAGCAGAAGCUACAGUUAUCAGUUAAAGUACAAAAUAUCAAGUUAGAAAUGAAAGAUUGAAUUGUGAUUGGCAUUAGUAUUCAUUCAUGUAGGUUGACCCUCUUGCGAUGCAUUUUAGUAGGGGCCUGUGUAGUGAAGUUCGGAAGCUGCUAAUAGAGAAUGGCUAACCAGUUUUUUUUUUUUAUAACAUAUAUAUAUAUAUAUAUAUAUAUAUUUUAAUUAUGCCUAACCAGUUUUAGUGGGGAUUUGGGUUCACUGGUAUUUAAAUCUUCAAACUCGAGACCCAGUCUGUUGGAUUUUUCAAUACAAACUAAGUAACCAACCCAUUAGUCUAAACCAAAAUGAAAUUUUUAUGAUUGGAUCUAGUCGGGUUUGCGGGUCUACUCAUACUUUGCUUGCACCAGUACCAUUGCUCGAUUACUCCUAUAUACAAAUUUCAUACAGUAAUAUUUGUCUCUAACCUUUUUAAUUUUUUUCUUCCUUUUAAUUUUUAAUUGCAUAUAGUUUUCCCUUGAUUCC